AUGAGCACUGGUUUGGACAAAUCCGGCAUCCCUCACCUGCAAGAGGCCAAAUCUGCCGUCAAGGAGCCCUUCGGUCUCGGCAUCGCAGGUACUGGCUCAAAGCAUCACCACGAGUCAAGGGACAUCCUCUCCUCCUCGCACGACCCCGGAGCGAGAGCUGUGGCUGAGUACCAUGGAUGGGCUGCCACUCGCCAGGAAUUUUCGCGUGGUGGUCCUACGGCGGCGAACGAUUCGGGAACUCGCAUGGAUGCCUUUCACCAUGGCCGCUCCCACCCCUCUCCUGAGAAGAAUCCCAAGCCUGGCAUGAUGAAGCAUGUGGAGGUUGGACCCCGCAACCCGGUGUCGCAGCCUGCUAUCAAACAGGAGAUGCCGGAUGAUAUGCCGUACACGAUCCAGCGGUCUUAUGGUCCCCCGAUCCCCCAUCCCAUGCCCGACCCCGCCACCCUCAACGGCAAGAGAGGCAAUGGCACGAAGCACAAGCUGAACGAGGUCGUCCAUGGCAACAACGACGAGACCGACACGACCGACAAACGCCGCAUCCGCCGCAAGCUCAGCGAUGAGGACCGCGACGCCGAUGCUCCCCGCAUCCAGAAGACCAACUCUUUCGCCGGGCAAGGGCCCACUACCUUCAUGCCUUCAUCCAGUUCGCCGGAGCGUCGCCCCCCUCUCCACUCGCAGGGCAGCUUCUCCCUCGGCUGCGUCCCCUCUUCCUCUGCCCCAGAAACUCGCCCCACUCUCACCCCGGGCAGCAGCUUCAACAACAGCACGACCGCCUCGCCCCAGGUCCGCUCCCCACACGACACGCCCCCAACUUCGCAAGCAGCUCGCAACUGGGGUCGCGUCCUGAGUGUUCCGCGUUUCAACCACCUCACCGACGAGCAGAGGCGCGACGAGGAGCAGCGGGCCGAUUUGCGUAUGCGGUUCGUGCAAGCUGAGCGGGAGGCGCUUGAGACUGCUAUCAAGCUCAGGAUUGUCCAGGCAGAUGAGCUCCGUCAGCAGCUGAUCUAUUUGAAUCUCAGAACAAGCUAUUCGGCAGUGGACUAUGCGGCUGAUUUGUAA